AUGAUAUUCACGUUCGGACCACCUGAUAUAUACGUCCUUCCGAAGGAUGUGUCGAAUUCUACACAUGGCUCCGAGGACGUCGAGUCCAAAGAGUCAUUAAAAGAAGAAGUCGACUAUGAAAUUCUGUGCGUAAAAAUAAGCUAUUGCAACAGCUACAUCUUCAUUCUGACGAAAAGGGAGUUGUGGGCAUACAGCAACGGAAGCGAGUUUGUGUACCUGGGAAGGCUGAGACUGUCGGAGCUGCAGGUGUCAGAAUUUGAAACCUUCAGAGACCUGGUGAUACUGCCAGUCAACAACCUUAUCGGACUGGUGGUGGAUAACCAGAAGCACCUGCUGAUAGUAAACUACCAAAACCCGAACGUGAACGAUGGGACGCUGAGUAACACUCCGAUUCAAAGUCCGACCAGCAAAGGAGCAUCGACGAGCGUCGGUGUGCAGUUGAACGCUGCAACGGCCACUUUGAACGUCGCAGCGUCCACAGUCGGAUCAGAGAAGACGAUCUCGAGUCCGAUGUGCACGACCUCAGUGGCAACCAUAGUAAACAACAGACUGCUGGGAUCGUCAAACCUGAGCAGCAAGUUGACGAGAAUACUGAGUCCAAUGGAGGACGAGAAGGUGGGAGACCUGAAGGAGACUUUUUUCCUCUACCUCAAAAACUUCCUUAACUUCAGAGUGGUCUACCACAUCCGGGUGCCCUCGGACUUCUCGUUCAUGUUCGUGGUGAACCAGCAGUUCUUCUUCUGGACGGAGGACCCAUCGGGAUUUUAUGCGACGGUAUCAGAAGAGGGCUUCCUGAACAUGCUAAUUAACCACUUUAACUCGCUGAAAAGGAACGACGAGGAGUGCAGAAGGAUUGACCUGUACCUGGUGACGACGAACAUGUUGAACAACGUGAACAUAGUUGGGAACAUACACCUGUCGUACGGGCUGUGCUACAUUAACCUGCACAGAGGGGGACUCGAUGGGCAUAUGUAUAAAAACAUGGCGCUCCAGAAUGAGAACGAUUCACUCUUUAGUCUCAUCUACAGUUGCAUAGGGAACAUAAAUAACACGAGGCCUCAUAAGAUUGGCGGAAGAACUGGUUCGAAAGAGGAAGUAUCGCAAAAUGAGGAGGCCGAGGAGGAGAAGGCGCGUUCGAUAAACGCAAACAGCAUAUUGCAGAUGCUGGAAAUGAAUAGCAGUGGCCCGGAAGAAGUGGUGGAAGACACCAGUGAGAGGGAAGAAAUAUUGAAUGAAACGGAAGAGAAAGUGUUGUCAGAUAUAGAUAGCUGUUUCAUAGUGAACAACUACUUGUUCCUGCUCUCAAGGUCACACGUGCUGCUGUACCUGCACAUUCAGUCUCCAAAUGAUGCAAUUGACUUAAGGAAUUUCAGUGAAGAUGGGUCCUUUUCUAGUUCAUUUAGUAAGGAUGAAGAGGAAAGAGACGAUGAUAAGGGAGGUGACGAAGACAGUGCCGAUAGCGAAAAGGAGUUGAAGGAGUUGGGAAGAAUACUGUUUAUUAACGUGGAAAACAUAUUUAUAAGUAAAAAGCAUAACCUUCUGUGUGUGUUGUUUAGGAAUAAUGUAAUAGGCACGUACCACUUGAAGUGCAUAGAUAGACCGAUAUCAGUGUUGGAAAUAAGUGAGAGUGUGGAGGACGUCAGUUGGCUCGACACGUCACUGUUGGUGCUGACGUGUGAAGGGAAAGUGCACUUUUACACAUACGCGCUGCAGUUGCUGCACAUAACAUGUCUAAAUAUUAAGAAGUCAACGAGAAGGCAGGAAAAUGGAGGCUCAAGUACGCCCAGGAUGAGCACAUAUAACGUGAGCAAUGCGGUGGACGCUUCAGAUAAAAGUGGCGAUAGUGCCGUCGGUGAGGGUGUUAGUACCAGUGUCAAUGUCAGUGCUAACGCAAAUGGUAAUAGUAACAACAGCAGUGGCACUGUUGGCAUGGAUGGUGAUUAUAACAAUAGCACUGAAAGCACUAUUACUGAUGUCAAUGGUGGCAACACUGCCGUUAUCGAGAAUGACAACAAUAGCAGUGCCAGCAACAUUGAGAGUAAAGUCAUGUCAGUGGCAAAUGAAAAGCGGGAAAAUGGUCAAGAGGACCUGGAAAGGCGGCACUGGAAGGUUAAAUCAGGGUUGCUGAUGAGUAUAAACAAUAAUCGAAAGCUGCUGAUACUUAAGAGUGGCAACUUAAUGAUAUCGCACCCAUACAUAGACUACGGAGGAAACAGCGACUUCCACGUGUUCUUGAACAACAAUAACAUGCUGAUACUCGUCAACAAGGACAUGAUAACACUGAGGUUGCCGAACCUGAACCACGUGCAUAACGAGGAGGGAGACGACGACGAAGAGAGGCCGCACAGAAUACAAAUCGUUAAGAAUAUUAAGAUAAAUAACACGGGAAACUAUAUACUGAUACAUCACACGACGUCGGGAGUAGAUGAAACAGGAGGGCUGAUACUGUUUAAUAAUAACAAGUACACGUACGCAAACAGUAACGUGAACACGAAUGACAUAGUUAGAGUAAAUUGGUUCACAAAUCACAUAUUCUACACAAUAACGUAUCCAGGGUGGUCGAAAAAGGCAUACAAAGUAAAGUUCUACAGCAUUAAUGACACAAAUGAGGCGCUGAUAGAAGUGGAGUCGAAAAGUAGGCCAGUGUGUACGUGUAAGGAAGCGCCUUACCUGUUUAUACUGCUGGACGAGGAAAAUAAGCUACACUGCUACGAUUUGUUCUUCAUAAACUUCAAGGAGGAGUACCGGUUCAGCAUAAGUGACUUGAAGAAGUACAGAGGCGACGAAGGUGAGAAUGAUGGUUCCGACGACAUGAACGGCAACGACUAUAGUGAUCACAGAGAUGAUUGGAUAGAGAUGUAUGUGUUAGGCAAUAGGAAGUUUUUGCUGCUGAAUGGGUACAGGCAGCUGUAUGUAGUGAGUGAAGAGUACAUUGAGCACGUAGUGGAUGACGUAAACCAAGUAGUGAUUAACAGCAGAAGCAGCAAUAACAACAGCAACGUUGCUGUUAGUACGGGCAAUAGCAAUAACAACAGCAGUGGCAAUGGUCAAUAUGAGUACGUGGUGACAACAAACGAUAAAACGUACGUGGUGUACAACCAUGGCGACACGAGUGCAGAAGAAUAUUUGGGAAUGUAUGAGGUUAAAACGGCUGCAAAUAGAAACUAUAUACUGAGUUUGAAUGACAAUAUCGCAUUUACGUUGAACACAAGUGCAGGGAUUGAUGUAAACUACGCACUUAUGCCGACGUUUGCCCUUAAAAGGAAGGUGAAUAGUAGAAAACAUUAUCUAAUAUACUAUUUGAACCUGGCCCAUAGAGAUCAUACGAAGAAGUCAGUAGAAAAGAAGAAGUUGCUGAUGAGGAAAUUGACAAGGAAGACGAGGAAUAAGAUAUUCGCAAUAUUUAGUAGAAAAAAUAAUGAAUUGGAAAAGAUCAAUGAACAGGAAGAUGAGUUUGGAAUUAAGUGUGAAGAAUGUUUUGACUAUUUGUUGGAAAAGGAAGAAUAUGAAUACGCGAGUUUGCUGCUGCUGCCGAUUCAAACGAAGACGAACCCAUAUAAAGUACGAAGUGACCAGUGUAAAAAGCUAGUAAGGAAAAUGUUAAUGUCAAUCAUCGAUUCUACGCCACAAAAGGGGAGGAAGUCGAGGGAGAAGAAUAAAGCACUGUUGCAAAUGCUGGUCAAAUUCUACCACAGGCUGCCUGACGUAAGAAGCAUGGACGAGGAGGUGGCAACAUCAUUAUCGCAGCAAGACUUGAGUAAAAAUGAAGACGCAGGUACACCACCAAGUAAGGAAAAGGAGGGCGAUGAUAGCACUAGUAAUGUAGAGGAAGUGGAUGUAAAUGGUGCACCGGCAGGCCAGCUAAAAGUAGACGAUUCCGAGUAUGACAAUGUCCAGGCAGACGGAGGAAUAGAUGCAAUAGUUGACAUGAAGGAGUUGGUGGACUCACUGCAGAGUAAACUGAACUUCAUGGCAAUAUACAAGCUGUCGUUCCUUAGCAGGAUGGGUAUUGGGUCAGAGUACCUAAUAAGGGACACGAGUAAACCAGAAGAGGGAUUGAAUAGCUCGGAACACAGUGCAGGUGUUGAUGUGGAUGCUGAUGCUGGUGCGGAUGCUGAUGCUAAUGCGGGUGCUGUUGUUAAUGCUAAUGCGGGUGCUGUUGUUAAUGCUGGUGCGGAUGCUGUUGCAGGUGCUGAGACAACGAGUAGUGCUGAGGCUCUGCAACCGAUGGAGCUGAACACAAUACUGUACUUCAUCACGGAGUUUAACCACAUCAACUGUAAAAUAUUGACGCACGCAGGCCACCGCAAGUGCCACUACAACAGCUUCGUAGCGGGAGAAAAGACGCAGUGCUACAUGCUAAUGGGCUACAGGAGUUACAUAGGCCUGUCGAGUCUGCUGCUACGCAACGAGGCGAUAUACGAGUAUGUGAAGUCUAUCGGCGAUGAAGCGGAAGCUGAGGGCACUGAGGACCCGGGAGACAGGCUGAGUCUGCUGAGGAGCUUGCUGUCGAGCAUCAAGAGAACGUAUACGCGUUCGUAA